UAGCCCAUUAAAUCCGGCAGACUGCAGGCUGACAGCACAACAGGAAGAAGAGUAGCCACACCGUACAGCACAACAGAGGAGAGUCUCACUGUAGCCCAAGGAGUUAUACCUGGACGCUCAACAAAACAGGGUGGUCCAUUUCAGUGUGUGCAGAACUCACUGAAAAUGGCUUCAGUCCUGCAGAAACUGAUCACACCGCUGUUCAGUGGUCCACCUGAGCCUCCGAGGAAUAAAGUUACAGUGGUGGGUGUGGGCCAGGUUGGCAUGGCCUGCGCUCUCAGCAUCCUACUCAGGGAGCUGGCUGAUGAGCUGGCGCUGGUGGAUGUGGUGGAGGAUAAGCUGAAAGGAGAGAUGAUGGACCUGCAGCAUGGCAGCCUCUUCCUCAAAACCCCCAAAAUAGUUGCAGAUAAAGACUAUUCGGUUACAGCUAACUCCCGCAUCGUCGUGGUGACCGCUGGAGUCCGUCAGCAGGAGGGGGAGAGCAGGCUGAACCUCGUUCAGAGAAACGUCAACAUCUUUAAGCACAUCGUCCCCCAGAUUGUCAGAUACAGCCCUGACUGCGUCAUCAUUGUUGUUUCCAAUCCAGUCGAUAUACUGACUUAUGUGACCUGGAAACUGAGCGGGCUUCCAAAGCACCGUGUCAUCGGCAGCGGCACCAACUUGGACUCGGCACGCUUCCGUUUCCUGAUGGCUGACAAACUGGGAAUCCACCCGAGCAGCUUCAACGGAUGGAUCCUGGGAGAGCAUGGAGACACAAGUGUGCCUGUGUGGAGUGGAACAAACGUGGCUGGAGUCAGCCUGCAGACGUUAAACCCUGAUAUCGGCACUGACAGCGACGACGAGAACUGGAAAGAGACUCACAAGAAGGUGGUGGACAGUGCCUAUGAGGUGAUCAAACUGAAAGGCUACACCAACUGGGCCAUCGGUCUCAGCGUAGCCGACCUGACAGAGAGUCUCAUAAGGAACAUGAACAGGAUUCAUCCCGUCUCCACCAUGGUGGAGGGCAUGUACGGGAUCAGUGACGAGGUCUAUCUGAGUCUGCCCUGCGUGCUGAACAGCGGGGGUGUGGCUAGCGUGAUCAACAUGACCCUGACAGAUGAAGAGGUGGCCCAGCUGCAGGCCAGCGCUAACACACUCUGGGACAUCCAGAAGGACUUGCAGGAUGUCUAACCUGCCCGCAGGGGGAGCUAAUAGCUACACCUUCCUGACUACUCAUGACCUUCAGCAUCACUCCGCGGUCACACCAGAAAGCUUUGCCCCUCUGCACCUUCAGCCUACUGCACUAUGUAGAUUCCCAGAUUUUUGGAGGGGUUUCAUCCAGCCAGAUUUAGCUGUAGGGGUCAGUUUGUGCACUUCUGCUCGCUGGAGACCAAAAGGUGACCCCAAUAAUGAGUGAGAUGCUCUGACUCAUUUGUCCUUUGCUGUGUUGCACUGUGGGACCACGUGUCAUGUUGCUUUGGCAACUAAUAAAAGAAGCAGGGACUAAAGCAAUAAGUGCAGUGUUUCAGUUCUUCAGUGUUGGCUAUUUAUGUAGCGUGAUAGAAAUCUGUGAACAUGGGCUUUCUCUUUUGCUGAAAGUGAAGAGCAGAGUGUUACAUGUGGCCUAUGAUCUAACAACAUGGUUCAAUAAAAUAAAUCCUAAAACCCUG